UAUAUGUGUACGAAUUGUUGACAAUUGUUGUUGCCGAAUGUCAUGGCCAAAAUCAGUGACACCAAAAUACCCAUAACUGAAUUUCUGGACGCCUACAGGCGCCAGCCAUGUCUGUACAAUUCUUUGCUGGAUACGUACAAGAAUCGCGGAUCGCGUGAAGAUGCAUAUGAAGCUAUUAUCAAGUCACUUAAGAUACCAAUGUUAACUGUGUUGGACAUAAAGCUAAAGAUUAAGAGUGUAAGAACAGUGUACACCAAGGAAUUGCGCAUAUUGUUGCGUGAGAAAGAGCUAGGCAGAUGCUAUGUGCCCAAAUUGUUUUGGUUCAAGCGAGCGGAUGCAUUUCUGCGUGCGGUCUCCUUGGCACACUCCAAACGUCCAAAGAACAAAGACCAGGACGCACAACAAAAAAUUGUGGAGGAAGAGCAGGAACAGGAGGAGUCAGAGCCCUGUGAGCCCCUAGAGGAUAGCUACGCCAACGAACAACAGGAGGAAUGCAACAAGACGCAGCAAAUUACAGUCAACCGCAGCCAGCCGCUGGAAGUCAUCAGAAAACCAGAGAUCGUUAUAGACGAUGCAUCGCUUUGCGUUAUGGAGCAGCAGCCACAGCUGCCACAGGCGCAGCGCAAACUCAGGUACUUGCCGCAUCCACGAAUACCCAGCACGCCCUUCGCUUCUCCAUCACCCUCAGUGCAGUUAGACCACUCCAACCCGACGCUAUGCGUGGAGGAUGAUCUGGCUAUCUUUGGACAAAGUAUUGCCUGCCAGCUUCGUAGCAUAAAUGACUCCUAUGCGCGCUCUGUGGCGAAGCUGCGCAUACAGCAAGUUCUCUUUGAUGCUGAGACGGGACAAUUUCAAAGCAGCGAUGUUGUUAGUCCGCAGGAUUGA